AUAAACUCCUAAGAAACAGGUGGCACUUAAACAAAUAAGAGGCUCUUUUUUUCCUUCUAGAUGAAUAUCCAACAAGCUUUGUUGCCCAAAUCUUCUGCUAAUGGAUUUGCCCGUCGAAGAGGUGAUAGGGAGGGUGGGGCCAGGUUGGAGAAUAAGGUGCAGUCAGGAAAAUCUAAUCAGGGGAGAAUACAAACUACAGGUGCAGUGACUGGUGGGAAGAGUGGAGGUAAUGAGAGUUCUUCCCGUGAUCGGUUAGUUUAUUUGACAACCUGUCUCAUUGGGCAUAUGGUGGAAGUCCAUGUGAAAAAUGGAUCAGUUUACACUGGAAACAUCAUUCUGUUGCCACUUCAGGAAUAA